AGUUUACCUUUUUCAAAAAGUGAUUGUCAGUGUAGACAUCCACAGUAACUCUUGGUUUAGUGUAGUCAAUCCACCAGAGCAACGUGAAGUGUGGAAUUUUACUUUUUUACUGUGUAUGAUGGAUAUAUCUACGGUGGGAAACAUCCAUGUAUUUUCCCGUUACCUCUCCUAAAUGCAAGAAAAACAAAAAAAUACAAAAAGCCCCUCAUAGUUUUCCUUAAAAACAUAAUAAUAACAUGUACUUAUGCAAUACAAUUUAAAAAGUAGUUGUAAACUGUAAACAGAGAACUAUGGGGAAAAACUGACCUGCAACAUUGAUUUUACCAGAAAAUCUAAAAGUUUUGGUAAAUAUUUUAACGUAACUCGGUGUUUUCUCACAAUAAAUACUUAGUCAAAAACAAAACAUACAGGUCUCUAUGUCAUUUUCCCUUUCUCCCUCCAUUAUAACUCCUGGUUUUUAGAUCAUAAUACUGUAUAGUACGUGUCUCUCUCAGAUAUCCCUGGUUCUGUACCUAAAUGUGCAAAGAAAAGUUAAGCAGAAAGAUGCAAACUCAUGUUGGACCUCCUAUUCGCUGUGACGCAGCGCAAAGUCGUGGCUGGAGCGCUGCUCCACGCUUCCUACUGGCAUUCAGGCUUUUGCGCUUCAUGCUUCCACUGCGUCCUCCCCCGCGACUGCUGUGCGGUUACUGGGGUCCAUCAGGGCUCCCCAGGUGAACACAAGGAUCACACCCAUCCAGCCGGAGCGAGGGGGGAUGACUGAAAGAAGUAGUGUGAUCCAGAAGAUCCGGCGUUUCUGACGGUGCUGUUCCAAGAGGCGCAGUCCUCCAUAAAACAACAUGAUGUCUGCUAUAGAGACUGGUGCCACCGUGUACCAACCUGCACAGCUGCUCAACUGGGUCUACAUGUCUCUGCAAGACACUCAGAGCAGCACGUUUGACGCGUUCAAAGCCGAGUCGGACUCUUCUCCUCAGGACAUCUCCAAGCGCAGCGCAGCUGAUCUGAGCGCCAACUAUCUCAACAACUUCUUCCAUCUGAGGAGUGAGGCCUUGAACAACAAUUUCUACAAGAGCUCCUCGCCCUACGGGUCCCUCAACAAUAUCGUGGACGGCCUGAGCUCUCUGGCGGACCAUUUCUCAGACCUCUCCCUGUCCCCCGAGACACGCAAACCCAGCAAAAGGCCGCCGCCCAACUACCUGUGCCAUCUUUGCUUCAACAAAGGCCACUACAUCAAAGACUGCCCUCAGGCUCGACCUAAAGGUGAAGGCCUGACCCCCUAUCAGGGAAAGAAGAGGUGUUUCGGCGAAUACAAAUGCCCAAAAUGCAAGAGGAAGUGGAUGAGCGGGAACUCCUGGGCCAACAUGGGACAAGAAUGUAUCAAGUGCCACAUCAACGUUUACCCUCAUAAGCAGCGACCUCUGGAGAAACCAGACGGGUUAGAUGUAUCGGACCAAAGCAAGGAGCAUCCACAACACCUGUGUGAAAAAUGCAAAGUCCUCGGCUACUACUGCCGCCGCGUGCAAUAACACACUCUACUCGCCUUACGUACUCCUCCAAAAAAGGGAGAGUUUUUAUUUUAAUAACUAAAUAGUUAUAUAGUUAACGUUAUUGUUCUGUAAUACAUCUAACGGUUUAUUUUGAUGAAGUAUUUUCUUUGACACUGUGACUCUCAGUAUAAGAGGCUCCUUUUUUUUAAAGUAUCAGUCAGCGGAGAUGAGUACUUUGCUUUGCUGGGUUCCUGUAACUUCCUCAGUUAUCAUUAUGUGAAUAUUCAUUUGAAGUCUUAACAAUGAAACUGUGAAUUAAGAAACUUUAGCUCUGUGUCUGUCUCCUUUCAUGUCCAACAUGUUGGAAAAAAAAGUGGAGCUUCGAGACGAAGAAGAUUCUCUUUUACAUGUUUGUAUAUUCCAGAAAUAACUUAAAUGAAAUGUUUUCUGUAUAAAAUAUGCAACAAGUCUUUACUAAGAAGGAUAUGCAUUAUUAGUGUGUAUCUGCAUUAUUAUUAUUAUCUGUAUUAUCAGUACUGGAGGGUACAUAAUUGUUUAAAUAUAUUUUUAAGCCAUUACUGUUUUGUUGAUUAUUACACUUUGUGAAGGAAUAUAUAGCCAGCUAACAUUUAUUCUUUAUAAGUAUGUGCCUGAAUAUCAAAAGACAUCUUUUGGGGAAGUUUGUAAUUUGUACAACCAAUGCAAUGUGAUAGUCACAUUUAAUUUUCUGAAAAACAGAACUGAUUACAGCACAGUUGUAUUUUUUGCACCUGGUGCUAAGAAAGACUCACCAAAGUGCUUUUUAUGGGUCAAAGGUCAUAAUGUCCCAAAUGUAACAUGAGAACAAAAAUAAUUUGAAUCUGAAUGUACCAAAGAUCAUGAGGGAUUAAAGGGACAGUUUCAAUUUAAAAUGAAAAAAAUAUAUUUUUCCUUUUACCUGUAGUG